CUCCAUGCUGUUGUACACACACAGGAGCUGACGGGUAAACUGCCUGUGGAAUACCCCCUGGAUCCAGGGGAGGAACCACCCAUUGUUCGAAGAAGAAUCGGGACGGCCUUCAAGCUGGAUGAGCAGAAAGUCCUGCCCAAAGGAGAGGAAGCCGAGCUGGAACGCCUGGAACGGGAGUUUGCCAUUCAGUCCCAGAUAACGGAGGCUGCCCGCCGCCUAGCCAGUGACCCCAAUGUCAGCAAAAAACUGAAGAAACAAAGGAAAACCUCUUAUCUGAACGCACUGAAGAAGCUGCAGGAGAUUGAAAAUGCAAUCAACGAGAACCGGGUCAAGUCUGGGAAGAAGCCCACCCAGAGGGCUUCGCUGAUCAUUGACGAUGGAAAUAUUGCCAGUGAAGACAGUUCCCUCUCAGAUGCCCUUGUUCUAGAGGAUGAAGACUCUCAGGUCACCAGCACACUGUCCCCCUUACAGUCCCCUCACAAGGGACUUCCUCCUCGGCCACCAUCACACAACAGGCCCCCUCCUCCCCAGUCCCUGGAGGGACUCCGGCAGAUGCACUAUCACCGCAACGACUAUGACAAGUCCCCCAUAAAGCCCAAAAUGUGGAGUGAGUCCUCCUUAGAUGAGCCUUACGAGAAGGUCAAGAAACGUUCCUCCCACGGUCAUUCCAGUGGCCACAAGCGUUUCCCCAGCACGGGGAGCUGCGCCGAAGCAGGCGGGGGAAGCAGCUCCCUGCAGAACAGCCCCAUCCGCAGCCUGCCUCACUGGAACUCGCAGUCCAGCAUGCCGUCCACGCCAGACCUGCGGGUCCGGAGUCCCCACUACGUUCAUUCCACGAGGUCAGUGGACCUCAGCCCCACGCGACUGCACAGCCUCGCCCUGCACUUUCGGCACCGGAGCUCCAGCCUGGAGUCCCAGGGCAAGCUCCUGGGCUCGGAGAACGACACGGGGAGCCCCGACUUCUACACCCCACGGACUCGUAGCAGCAACGGCUCCGACCCCAUGGACGACUGUUCCUCCUGCACCAGCCACUCGAGCUCGGAGCACUACUACCCGGCGCAGAUGAACGCCAACUACUCCACGCUGGCCGAGGACUCGCCGUCGAAGGCGCGCGCGCGGCAGCGGCAGCGACAGCGCGCGGCGGGCGCGCUGGGCGCGGCGAACUCGGGCAGCAUGCCCAACCUGGCGGCGCGCGGCGGCGGCGCGCACGGCGUCUACCUGCACAGCCAGAGCCAGCCGAGCUCGCAGUACCGCAUCAAGGAGUACCCGCUGUACAUCGAGGGCAGCGCCACGCCCGUGGUGGUGCGCAGCCUGGAGAGCGACCAGGAGGGCCACUACAGCGUCAAGGCGCAGUUCAAGACCUCCAACUCGUACACGGCGGGCGGCCUGUUCAGGGAGAGCUGGCGUGGCGGCGACGAGGGCGACGCAGGCCGCCUGACGCCGUCGCGCUCGCAGAUCCUGCGGACUCCAUCGCUGGGCCGCGAGGGCGCCCACGACAAGGGCGCGGGGCGCGCGGCCGUCUCGGACGAGCUGCGCCAGUGGUAUCAGCGCUCCACAGCCUCCCACAAGGAGCGCAGCCGCCUGUCGCACACCAGCUCCACCUCCUCGGACAGCGGCUCCCAGUACAGCACCUCCUCCCAGAGCACCUUCGUGGCGCACAGCAGGGUCACCAGGAUGCCCCAGAUGUGCAAGGCCACGUCAGCUGCCUUACCUCAAAGCCAGAGAAGCUCAACGCCAUCGAGUGAAGUUGGAGCGACCCCCCCAAGCAGUCCCCACCACAUCCUAACCUGGCAGACUGGAGAAGCAACAGAAAACUCGCCCAUUAUGGAUGGGUCUGAGUCUCCAACUCACCAAAGUACUGAUGAAUAGAGGUAUCGUAAGGGAAUGCUUUGUUCUUACAGCCCUUCCGCUUCCCCCUCAUGACUUUGUGGUCUCAGAUGUGCUGCACGUGGGUUGCCCUUCCCCAUAUCUUAACUUGCAGAAGGAAACAUCUGAAUGGUGUGGAAGCUACUGUUUGUAUGUCUUGUUUCUAGAUACAUGUGGAUCUCGAUAUAUGUUUAUAUGUAUGUUUUGCAUCAGAUGUUAGGUGCUCCCAAUGCUACUGCCCAGGAAAGACCUCAGAGUAUGCUUUGCACCUUCUCAGGCUCUAUAGGCAUACACAUACUUGUAGAAGCUUUUACUGGUUUAGUAAAUGUCUGGGGAGCACUUCGGAGCCAUGGUCCCCAAGACCCAAAGCAGUCAGACUCAAAUAAGUCAAAGAAAGGCCCCAUUGAAGGAAUCGCUUCCUUAGUAAUCAAUGCCCAUGAAAAGAACAACAUCAUGUAGUUUAUGGUUCAAAAUACCAAGGGCAGAUGGAAUUGUUCCAGAAGCACCUGGAGAUCACCCAUUAUUUCGUCCCCGCAUUCUUGAGUGACAGCUAGGUACUCUACCAAAUGCUGUUUUCCAAAAUGUGGUCCAUAGACGAGCAUGAGCAGCAGCAGCAGCAGCAGCAGCAGCAGCAGCAUCACCAUCACCAUCACCUGGGAGCUUGUUAGAAAGCUAGGCUCCUGGGCCUAGUGAAUUUGAGUCUGCAUUUUAACAAGAUCCCUGGGUGAAUGAAAUGCACGUUAGAAUUCUCAAAGCACUGCUAUAGUGGGCAUAAAAACAGUAACACCUGGUCUGGUUCCUGUCCUCAGGGACCAAAAUCUAACUGGGACACAAGACAUUGAAAUUAAAUAGCAUUUCAAGGCUUACCAAAAAAGAUAAGGAUGCCAUUCAAAAGUGGAUAAAAAGCCAUAAGUUUAUUUAAUAAAAAAAUUGAACUCUGACUAUAUUCAAGAAACCAUGUUAGAGAUCGGAGUUCCAGGAGUUCAAAUUGAAAUCAACAAUAUAAAAGUCUAUCAGGAGACAUACAAGGGAAGUAAGAAACUGUGGCAUUUUUGUAUUAAGUGCUCUGAGACUUUAAACAAAGUGCUAAAAGGAUUCCGAGGCCUGGCUUCAAAAGCUUGCAAUGGGAGGAGAGGGGGUUAGACAGGUGGGGCUGAGAGAGGCCGUGCCAAGGGCAAAAACACAGAUGCAGAAACAAGCAGGGUGCUUGGGGGUCAGCGCAGAGUCCCAUUUUGCUGUAGAGAAAGAGCCGGACUUCAGCCUGAAAAGUCAAGGAGGACAAGAGCCUGAACAAAUUAGGAGAGUGACAGGGAACAAUAUUUACUGCAGGUCCCGGGAGUUGGCACAUGGAGGAUUAGGAAAAUAGGGGCUUAGCCUUUGAGAGGAAGGUGGUGGUAAAAAAAAAUUCAACUGAGUAAAACUGAGAGAUCUUCUUGGCUUUAUUGAAUUAUUCAUGAAAUGGGCAGCAUCCAUCCAGCAGGUAGGAGCUCCAAGGAGCUGUACAAAAUGGAAGACUUUUACAGGCAGAGAGGAGCAGGCACAAGGAAGCUAUACUAGGCAAAAAAGCAGGUCGUUAUUGCAAGGUCACCUUCCUUUAGGAGGUGGCUAGGGUCUGUCAGGAAGAUCAUCUAGCUAGUGCUGAUCAGGAGAUUCCUGAGGGACUGGUUUAAGAUUCCAUUUGUGGGAGAGCCGAAACUAAUUAAGUCUUGAUUUGGUGACAAGGAGUUUAGUGUAACUGACACCAUUUUGGAUCUUUGUCUUAUUAACAAUUCUCCACUUUUGACCAGAUUCUCAGCCUGGGAGAUGUGAUCAACAUUUAAGGCGUUAACACUGCUCCCAGCUACCGCUCUGGAGUUCUCGCAGUUUUUUGCUGAAUUUCUGUGUGGUAUUCACAGGUCGUGACAUCAUGUUCACAUUCUUUAAGUCAGUCAUUCUCUUUGUUCCUUUUCUGACGAUCUAUUCUUAGAUCAUUUAUUUGCUUGGUGGUUAGCGGUCGAGAACAUGCAUUUAAAGCUUUUGAGAGAAUGCAGCACACCAGGGAGAUUAUAAUUAUUAUAAACAGGAUCAUCCCGAUGUCUGGAGAGCACUUAGGAGCCGUGGUCCCCAAGACCCAAAGCAGUCAGACUCAGAUAAGUCAAAGAAAGCCCCCAUUGAAGGAAUCACUUUCUUAAGCCGAUGUUCAGUGAUCUUAUGUAACUGAGUCUCAACUUCCCCGUGUUAACCCAGGUGCGGCAAGUAGUGCUGGCCGCAGCACAGACACCUCCUUGCUCAGCUAAAAGAUAAUC